CUUGCGUCCAUCUGCUCGGACCUGAGUUCAGUCCGGCGCCCUCUCCACAGGAGCUACCUGGAGGGGAGUCUCCUGGCCAGCGGGGCCCUGAUGGGGGCAGACGAGCUGGCCCGCUACUUCCCGGACCGGAGCGUAGCCCUCUUUGUCGCCACCUGGAACAUGCAAGGCCAGAAGGAGCUGCCCCCAAACCUGGACGAGCUCCUGCUGCCCGCUGAGGCCGACUACGCCCAGGACCUGUACGUCAUCGGGGUCCAAGAGGGCUGCUCUGACAGGCGGGAGUGGGAGACACGCCUGCAGGAGACGCUGGGCCCCCAUUACGUCAUGCUGCACUCGGCGGCCCACGGGGCGCUGUACGUGUCCGUGCUGCUCCGCAGGGACCUCAUCUGGUUCUGCUCAGAGGUGGAGAGCUCCACGGUGACCACACGCAUCGUGUCCCAGAUCAAGACGAAGGGCGCCCUGGGCAUCGGCUUCACCUUUUUCGGCACCUCCUUCCUCUUCAUCACGUCCCACUUCACCUCCGGAGACGGGAAGGUCAGCGAGAGGCUGCUGGACUACAGCAAGACCAUCCAGGGCCUGGCCCUGCCCAAGAACGUGCCGGACACCUGCCCCUACCGCUCUGACUCGGCCGAUGUCACCACCCGCUUCGACGGGGUGUUCUGGUUUGGAGACUUCAACUUCCGCCUGAGCGGGGGGCGUGUGGCCGUGGAGGCCAUCCUGAAGCAGGACCUGGGGGUGAGCGUGCCAGCCCUGCUGCAGCUGGACCAGCUCACCCGGGAGAUGAAGAAAGGGUCCAUCUUCAAGGGCUUCCAGGAACCAGACAUCCACUUCCUCCCGUCAUACAAGUUCGACAUUGGGAAGGACUCGUACGACACUACGUCCAAGCAGAGGACGCCGUCUUACACGGACCGGGUCAUGUACAGAAGCCGCCACAGGGACGACAUCUGCCCCGUCAAGUACUCCUCCUGUCCUGGGAUCAAGACGUCUGACCACCGGCCUGUGUACGGCCUGUUCCGGGUGAAAGUGAGGCCGGGAAGAGACAACAUUCCGCUAGCUGCCGGCAAGUUUGACCGCGAACUGUACUUGAUAGGAAUUAAAAGACGGAUUUCCAAAGAAAUUCAGAGACAGCGAGCGCUGAAGACUCAGCACUCCAGCACUAUCUGCACCGUGUCUUGAGGCCUUUUGCUGGAGGGCUGUCACCUGCCACGUGGGAGGAAUAUCGGACCAGAAAUCCCCAGGCAGGAUGGAGGAGGCUGCUGUUGGGACUGCUCCGCCUUGGGGGCGCUGAUGAGCCACUUCUUCCCUAACCAGAACCCCAAGGAGGCCGGUGACCACGGCGAGAGCGGGCCCUGAGGGACAGCACCCCACCCCUGGACCAGAGCCAGCCUGCUCACUCACAAGUCUCCACUGCAGACACCCCGGCUUCCUUUCCUCGGGGCAGGCAGAGAUGGGGCCCGGACGCCGGCCGUGUCACACCUGCCACUGUCACUCGCCAGCCUGAGCUCUCCCCGACUCCCCGAUGUUUGCACGCCCGCAGCCGCUCCGGGGUCCGACCUCCUCCAUCCUCCCAGCAGCCCCUCCUCCCCUGAGCUCAGGUGGCCCGGUUCCUGGGAGGCUGCUCCGUGGGGUGACCUAGGGCCCCAGAUCCCGUAGCACACGCGCUGGGACCAGGCUGAGGUGGACUCGGUCACAAGGCUGAAGACCGCCGAGGCCCAGGGAGCGACCGCGGUUCCCGCUGCUGGGCGAGGCCGAGGUUUCAGGGCUGCAUCCUGGUCUUAGGAGGCCGGAAUGGCCCCCCCAGCCGAUGCCACCUCCCUACCCCCUCGGCUUUGCUGGUUUCAGACCGUUAGCUCGUGUCAGGUCAGCCAUGGAUGGGGUUAGUGGAAGCAGUGCGUCUCUGGGCCUGACGCUGCUGGAAGCUUCAGUGUCACCACCCUGCCACCUGGACCGCCAAGCCACCCUGCCAUAUUCUGGGUUUUUCUCAAAGGGUUUAGAGCCCAUUAUUGCUCUGUCUUAUCACAUCUCUUGAAAAUAAAAAAAAAGUAGGCUUUGAAUGUGGGGAAAUCGGGGGGCAUUCAAUCUAGUCUUUUAAAUUAUUUAUUUUUCCCUAUUUAUAUUUUUAAAUAAAUGCUAUAUUGAAUCUUAAA